GUGAAUGCUUCAUUCGCCUCACAAACAACCACAGAACCACAAGUGCGGUGCAAACUUUCUCCAGGAAGACUGCAAGAAGGCUCUGGCGUUUAAAUGGUUAAUCUCUGCAGGUCACUACCAGCCACCGAGACCAACCGAGUCAGUGAGUGCUCUAACCACAGUCCAUGCAGGAAUAGUAGGUCCUUCAAAUAUUUGCUCACUCCGUUUUGUUUUGUUUCCUUGCUUUUCACAUGUUACCAGCUACAUAAUUUCUUGACAGAAAAAAAUAAAUAUAAAGUCUAUGUACUCCAGGCAUACUGUACAACUAAAACAGGGACUGGGUAUGGUUUGUAUUUUCAGUUUAAGGCUGCAAGCAGUAUUUACAACAGAGGGCACAAGUUCUAUCUGGAAAAAAAAGGAGGGACUAUGGCGUCAAACAGCCUCUUCAGCGCAGUGACACCGUGUCAGCAAAGCUUCUUUUGGGAUCCGAGCACCAGCCGGCGCUUCAGCCCCCCCUCCAGCAGCCUGCAGCCCGGCAAGAUGAGCGACGUGAGCCCGGUGGUGGCUGCGCAGCAGCAGCAACAGCAGCAGCAGCAGCAGCAACAGCAGCAGCAACAACAGCAACAGCAACAACAGCAGCAGCAGCAGCAGCAGCAGGAGGCGGCCGCAGCAGCAGCGGCGGCAGCGGCGGCGGCAGCAGCGGCGGCGGCCGCAGUGCCCCGAUUGAGGCCGCCGCACGACAACCGCACCAUGGUGGAGAUCAUCGCGGACCACCCGGCCGAACUGGUCCGCACCGACAGUCCCAACUUCCUGUGCUCCGUGCUGCCCUCGCACUGGCGGUGCAACAAGACCCUGCCCGUGGCCUUCAAGGUUGUAGCCCUCGGAGAGGUACCAGAUGGGACUGUGGUUACCGUCAUGGCCGGGAAUGAUGAGAACUACUCCGCCGAGCUCCGAAAUGCCUCCGCUGUUAUGAAAAACCAAGUAGCCAGGUUCAACGAUCUGAGAUUUGUGGGCCGGAGCGGACGAGGCAAGAGUUUCACCUUGACCAUAACAGUCUUCACAAAUCCUCCCCAAGUGGCCACUUACCACAGAGCUAUUAAAGUGACAGUGGACGGUCCCCGGGAACCAAGAAGGCACAGACAGAAGCUUGAUGACUCUAAACCUAGUUUGUUCUCUGAUCGCCUCAGUGAUUUAGGGCGCAUUCCUCAUCCCAGUAUGAGAGUAGGUGUCCCGCCUCAGAACCCACGGCCCUCCCUGAACUCUGCACCAAGUCCUUUUAAUCCACAAGGACAGAGUCAGAUUACAGAUCCCAGGCAGGCACAGUCUUCCCCACCGUGGUCCUAUGACCAGUCUUACCCCUCCUAUCUGAGCCAGAUGACAUCCCCAUCCAUCCACUCCACCACGCCGCUGUCUUCCACACGGGGCACCGGGCUACCUGCCAUCACUGACGUGCCCAGGCGUAUUUCAGAUGAUGACACUGCCACCUCUGACUUCUGCCUCUGGCCUUCCUCUCUCAGUAAGAAGAGCCAGGCAGGUGCUUCAGAACUGGGCCCUUUUUCAGACCCCAGGCAGUUCCCAAGCAUUUCAUCCCUCACUGAGAGCCGCUUCUCCAACCCACGAAUGCACUACCCAGCCACCUUUACCUACACCCCGCCAGUCACGUCAGGCAUGUCCCUCGGCAUGUCCGCCACCACUCACUACCACACGUACCUGCCACCACCCUACCCCGGCUCUUCCCAAAGCCAGAGUGGACCCUUCCAGACCAGCAGCACUCCAUAUCUCUACUAUGGUACUUCGUCAGCAUCCUAUCAGUUCCCAAUGGUACCCGGGGGAGACCGGUCUCCUUCCAGGAUGGUCCCACCAUGCACCACCACCUCGAAUGGCAGCACGCUAUUAAAUCCAAAUUUGCCUAACCAGAAUGAUGGUGUUGACGCUGACGGAAGCCACAGCAGUUCCCCAACUGUUUUGAAUUCUAGCGGCAGAAUGGAUGAGUCUGUUUGGCGGCCAUAUUGAAAUUCGUCAACCAUGGCCCAGUGGCAUGGGGGCCACAUCCCGCAUGUGUUAAUAUAUACAUAUAUAAAGAGAGUGCCUAUAUAUGUAUAUUGAUUAGCUAACUAGAAGAUUUCUCAUUCAAUCCCUAGUCAUGAUCUUGCAACCCUAAGAGGGUGGGGGCAGUCAUAACUGGGUUUCAUAUUGUUUACUAUUUAAGAUGUCCCCUUUACCAAGGAACAAACCGUCAAAGGUGUUGUCUGGUCUGUUUUCAUAAGUGACCUGUUCCCACGCCGGUUCAGAGAGGUGGACUCUGGGUCUGGGAGGAAGGAGAGACACUUCCUCUCUGUGCUUUGAAACCACAGCCUCUGCUGUGUGGCAGCCGGUACACUCUGCAGACCCGCUUACAGAGUCAGAUGUGGUGCACUCAGAAAGGGACAAGAGGCAGAGUGGCUGCUUCUGUCCGCUGCCGUCCACUCUGCCGUCCACCUGUUCCAAAGUUUUCCUUCAGACUUGCUGCAGGUACUCAUUUGAACUUUUGAGUUCACUUUUUUUUUUUCCUAUUCUAAGAAAGUGACUUCAAAAAUACUGAUCAGGACAGAUAAUUUUAUUUUACCUUUUAUAUUUUCUCACUUCCCCCAUUUAACCAAAAAGAAAUCCCGUUCCCCCUCCCCCGUUCCUUCUGCUUCUCCCUUUAUGCAAACUGAAAAUGGCAAUGCCUUAUUAUUAUAGCCAUAAUGGUAUAGUGUUUGAGUUGGCUGUGUGUUAUGUGUUUUUUUCUUUUUUUUUCUUUUUUAAAUUAUGAAUAUGUGUAAAAUCUGAAGUAACUUGCUAACGUGAAUGGUCAUAUAACUUUAAAGAUAUAUUUAUAAUUAUUUAAUGACAUUUGGACAUUUGGAACAUUUCUUAGUGUAAUGAUAUGUUGACUUCGGUCUCUAAAAGUGUGCUUCUUCUUCAAUACCAAGUUUCUUCAGUGGGCUAGAGCCAUAUCGGAAAUAUUGCUAAGCAAUCUCAAUUCCUUCAGGCAUAAUGUGAUUUUUUUUUUUUUUUGAAGAUAACUCCCAUCUCCAAAUAGUUUAGAUGUAGUUUGUUUUCACGAUGUAUGAAGGAGAUGCUCUGUUUCUUUCUUUCAGGCAUUUGAUUGCCUCUGACACAGCUUUGCCUUUUAAAGCAAUAAUUAGGGAUUAAAAUAACAAAAACAAAACAAAAGCCACCUAUAGCCCUUUAACACUUAACGUGGCCCCUUUACUAGCAUGAAAUGCUGGAGACAUGUGGUUUCCUAAUUUCUCCAUUUUGGGGGUGGUGGGAGGGGGGAGGGUGGCCAUUAUGACUCUUAUCAUAUUAAAAAGCCAAGCACAAGUGAUUGGUUGAACUGCAGAAAAGUGUUCUGUGGUCUCUGAGUUGAGCAAAACUCUAAAUUGCAGGCUUCGUGGUUGAGGGCCUAGUCAGCUGAAAGCCACGCGUGUGGUAAAGGCUCAGGCAUGGCUUGGAGAACCUAGGAACACAUUAGGAGCCUGCACCUACCAGCCUCACCAUACAGCCAUUCAGGGGAACCCAAAAAGUGCCUUACCCAAGGAGGGCCCCCAGCAGCUUUCCAGGAAGUCGAAUGAAGUCGCUGUCCUCGGGGAACUGGUCAGCUGAAGUAGCAACCGGUAGCUGAUGUCAGUAGACAACAGAACCUGUGGGGACCUCCAGGAAACCUUUGACAUUGGAGGCUUUCAUUAGGCAGGGCCAACAAGAGCAGGGAAGGCCAUGUACCCAUUGGUAUCUGCCAUUGUGUGUGAGUUUGAGAUCCAGCCCUCCUUGGAGGAUGUACUGUGAUCAUUCCUGGUACCUUAGGGCCAAUCCCUAAGUGUGGCUUCCUAAUCCAGGCCAGGGAUCAUUCAGUGAUACCACCAGGCCAAUCCCAGCAUUCCUCCUGCACAAAGUGUUUGUGUGUGGGGGGAUAGAUUGGGGUGGGGCCACCUUCAUUUGAAUCCUGAGUCAUUCUAAGAGUUCUGCAAGCUUUUGCCUUCAGCACCCUAUACCCCCUCGCUCUCUGUUCCUUCUCAGGUUGACCUUUGUCCCAAUGCGGGACAGUCCAGAGGCAGAUGGGGACCUAUGUGUGCCUCCAACCUGCGUUUUCCUCAGAAUUCAUCCUGACUCCCUCUGACACAGAUUGAGGGGGGGGGGAAGAAACCCAACCCGCACCAAAGCAAAACACUUUGCCUUCUAAAGGCUGUGCACCAAGUAGACGCAGAUGGUCAGCCCACCUUUGUGUUUCCUUAAGAUGGAAAUUGUAACUGAUGCUAUUUAUUGUUUGUGUGUGGUAGCUUGAAGCACACCACGGUCCAUGUGUUUGUCUGAUACCUAUUUCAGCAGCAUUUACAAAAGCCAGUGUCUGGUUACACUUUUCAGUUUUCAUUAAUCAACAUGAAAAUGUUACCAUUGGUGCCAGCUGCACCCUAUUUAAUUUUUUUAAGGGCACUAUAUUUGUACAUUUCGUUUUUAAUGUUAAAGGGCUUCUUAAAGUUUACAGUACAGUUAUCAAGGGAAUAGAGGGGAUGCAUUAGUGCCUAAAUGUUAUUCUAGUGGCUGCAGGCAGCAACCCAGAAGCAGUUUUGAAAACAGGUUGUUUCCCUCUGUCCUCCCUUAUUUGGGAAAAUUCAAGUGCUUUCUUCACCUUUCAGGCACCUCACGGUGACUCCCGUUACUUAGAGCAGUCUGUCGUCGUCUUCUUCUUCUUCCUCUUCCUCUUCCUCUUCCUCUUCCUCUUCCUCUUCCUCUUCCUCUUCCUCUUCCUCUUCUUCUUCUUCUUCUUCUUCUUCUUCUUCUUCUUCUUCCUCCUAGGGUUUAAAAUCCCCCUUCCUCUUCCCUUAUCUCUUAAACUCUUCAUUUGCACUGGGUCACACGUAUGAUUUGUGGUUUUAAGACCAAAGCAAUGUCUUAUUACUCUUCUGGAGCCGUUUAUGUGUACUAACCAACCCUUCCCUCCACUUCCCUGGGUUUAGAUGCACACGGUUCUCAAAGGAGCACAAACAUGGCCAGAUUCACAGUGGGACCCACACAGCCAUGUUAAAAAAAAAAACAAAAAAAAACCUCUUCACUUGUCUGAGAAUUUUAACCUGGGCCCCAAUUGCUAACGGGCACCAUGGCUUGGGUUUCAGGUUAGGGAACGUUGCCCAGUGAGUAACAGAAAGACUUAACUGAUUUAAUUAGUUUGCCCUCAUCCUUCACUCCAAGACCCUAAGAAACCGAUCAGAGAAACAUCUCCACACCAUUAGAGGUUGAGAAGGGAGGAGCCAUGUGGGGGUUCCCUCCGCUCGGAGGAAAGGCACUGACUGACCUAGUUAGAGUGGUAGCAGAAGCACCCAUGGUAUCUGAGAGAGCAAUAAACAAUAAAAGAUGAUCCUCCCAAGCUUAGAAUUUGUUGUUCUUAAAGAAGACGAUGCAUCUAAAACAAAGAAUUUUUUUUUCUAUGUGGGAACUUUCUUCGUUGUCUGUUUACUUCAUGUUUACAAAUAAUUGUUUGCUUUUUAAUGCAGUACUUUAAAAAAUAUAUCAGCCAAAACCAUAACUUACAGUAAUUUUUUUAGGUAUUCUGAAUAAAAUUCCAUGUCUUUUGAUAUGUCUACUGUUCUUAGGUUUCUGUGGAACAACAACAACAACAACAACAAAAUUGUAGCAUUUUGUGUAAAUACAGCUUUCGUUCUUAUUUUUUAUUUUUCUGAUUGCUAUUGCCCAAGAUUUGCUUUCUAUGCACGUAUUGUACAAAUUGUGCUUUGUGCCACAGGUCAUGAUCGUGGAUGAGUUUACUCUGAACUUCAAAGGGACUAUUUGUAUUGUAUGUUGCAACUGUAAAUUGAAUUAUUUGGCAUUUCCCCCUCUCAUGAUUGUAAUAUUAAUUUGAAGUUUGAAUUUAAUUUUCAAUAAAAAGGCUUUUUUUUUC